AUGGAAGGGGGAAGAAAGAAGAGUGACACGGAGAGGGAGAGAGAGGAGAAGGGAGAAAAGAAGAAGGAGAGGAAAAGGGUGGUGGGUGAGGCUGGCCCAAAAAAAGACAUGUUGGAAUCGGAUGAUAAGAAAAGGAGGAUGCAGAUAGUGCAAGAGAGACAGGCCGGACAGAGUAAGGAGAAGAUUGGGAAGAAGGAGAAAGAGAGAGAGAGGCUCAAGAAGAUUUGGAAGAAAGAGAUGGACAGGAGGAAGGCUUUGAAGAAGCAAGGAGAGGAAGAAGUCAAAGCAAAAAAUGAAAAGAAUGUUGUGAAGAAAGGGCACAAACGGGUGGAGCUUCUCAAGAAGAUGGCUAAGAAAGAGCAGAGAGAGGUAGAAGCCAGGCCAAAAAUGAAGAGAAAGACCAAUGAGGAUGCGGAGGAACCUGAGAAGAAAACAAAGAACACUGUAGAGCAGGAACUUGGGCCAACGAAGAACCCUGCUGAGGAGAAGGAAAUGAAUCAAAAGGACCUAAAGAAGCACUUGAUGAAAAUUAAAAAGCAAAAAGAAGAAAGGAGAAAACAUCUGAAGGAGGCGGAAUAUCAGAAAGAGAUGUCAAAGAAACAGAAGAAAGCGGCUGAGGUUCUUCUGAAAGAUCUUACCAAGAAAGAGCCGAAAGAGGCAGAGUUUCUGAAGGUCUGGCCAAAAAAUGAGAAGAUGAAGAAAGAAGGAAACCAGCAAUGGAGAUGGUGGGAGGAAGAAAGGAAUGAAGAUGGGACGAAAUGGAGCUUCCUUGAACACAGGGGACCAUUGUUCCCUGCGGAAUACCAACCGUUUCCCGAUGAUGUGAAUUUCUACUAUGACGGGAAAGCAGUAAAACUGAAUCCACGCGCAGAGGAAGUGGCCUUCUUCUAUGCUCAGAUGCUGGAUCGUGAGUGCAUCACCUGUGAGGUGUUCCGUAAGAACUUCCUCACAGACUGGAGAAGGGAGAUGACUCCAGAGGAGAGGAUGUUGAUAACGGACCUGAAUAUGUGUGAUUUCUUCGAGCUCUUCUACCUAAACAAGAGGAGGGUGGAUGCCCAAUAUAACAUGAGCAAGGAAGAGAAACAGGCCAUCACAGAGGCCAAUAACAGGCUUACGGAAGAGUAUGGCUUCUGCACUCUGAACCAGCACCGUGAAUGCAUCAGAAACUUCCGGAUUGAGCCCCCUAGCCUCUGCUGUGACCACUGGGACCACGCCAAAGAGGGCAUGCUGAAGAGGAGGAUUCAGCCUGAGGACAUCAUCAUCAACUGCAGCAAACAGGCACGGAUCCCAGAGCCCCCUGCUGGUCACCGGUGGAAGGAAGUUUGCCAUGACAACACUGUCACAUGGCUAGCCAGUUGGACAGAGAACAUUCAGGGCGCCCGCAGAUACAUCAGGCUUAACACCAGCUCCAAACCUCAGGGUGAGAAGGACUGGGAGAAGUAUGAGCUGGCCCAGAGACUGAACUCCUACAUGGACCAGAUCCGGUCCCAGUACUACCACGACAUGGAUUCGGCAGAGAUGGUGAUUCGGCAGAGAGCCACCGCUCUCUACUUCAUUGACAAACUGGCCAUCAGGGUAGGGAGCGAAAAGAAGGUGAGCUGCUCCUCUCUCCGUGUGAAGAACAUCACUCUGCACAAAGACGGGAACGAGUACAGGGUGGAGAUCAACUUUCUGAGCAAAGACCUCAUCCGCUCCUACAACAAAGUUCCCGUCACAAAGAGGGUCUAUGAAAACCUUGAGAAUUUCCUAGAGAACAAGAAGGCGGGAGACAAAUUAUUCAACCUACUGACCACUUCCACUCUAAAUGAGUACAUCAGCUCUCUGAUGCCUGGUCUGACCGGCAAAGUAUUUAGAACAUACAACGCCUCUGUAGCCCUGCAGAAGAGCCUGAGAGAACUGUCCAGCUUGUCAGAUGGCCUGGCUGAGAAGCUGCUUGCCUACAACAGGGCAAACUGUGCAGCUGCAGUUCACUGUAACCAGCAGCAUGCGGAGUCAAACUUUGAGCUGUCCAUGGCUGAACUGCAUGCCAAGAUUGACAGUAUGACACAGGAGCUCGUCCAGGCCAAGACUGAGAUAUGGAAUGCCAAGGGCUACCCCGACAGCAAGUGGCAUGUUGAGGUUAAGAAAAAGCAGAUAGCCACACGCCAGCUUGAGGACCAGCUACUGCAGCUGAACAUUCAGGCCAUUGCCAGAGAGGAGGGCAGGCAGAUCGCCCCGAGCACCAACUACCUGGACCCCCGCAUCACCAUCGCCUGGUGCAUGAACAUGAAUGUGCCCUUGAAGAAAAUCUAUAACAAAAGCCUGAGAGUGAAGUUCGCCUGGGCUAUCGACACGACCAGAGCUGACUUUGAGUUCUGA